AUGCCAAGAACCACUGGUCGUGGAGGAGCCCCUCUGAAGGCCAUGCGCCCUAAAACCAACGAAGAGCCGUGGCUCAAUGACACCACAUGCGCAGCAAGGCCUCUGAAUGGACUGGCCCCGCAGUACAUCACGGACCUCAUCCAAAUUUACACACCGGCGCGUUCACUGAGGUCUGAGGGCCAGUUCCAGCUCGUGGUUCCUAAGACCAGACUUAAAACCAGGGGGUACCGGGCCUUCUCUGUGGUCGGCACCAGACUGUGCAACCCUCUGCCUCCCCAGUAUUCACUAAGUUACAGUUCCUUUUCUGAGGACUAUCAGAUUGGACUUCGUCAAGAUCAUGCACCAAUAACAGCAUUUUUUGCAGUGUACACUGUAUGCUGUUUGUGCAUAAACCAACACCUGACUUUUUCAUUUCUCCUUCUUCUGGUUCUUCACAGGUUCUCUGACCCCAAACCUUCUGGGCUUAAUAUUCACCCACUGCUGAACUGUCAGUCUUGUGUCCAUAUAGCUGAUUCUGAUCAGUGGGUUCAGAUUGAGCCGUCGGCCUGUACAGAUGGAGGGUCAAAGUUCAGGGUCAGCACUGACCCAGGCCGUUACGAGUGUGUCAGGACCAGAAUGCGAUGGGUCUGUGACUGUGACGUCAUCCUUCAGUACUGUACCGUAGACGGACACUUCCUCAACACAGAGCUGGAGAGGCUGCAGUGCAACCGGAUUGCUCCAGUGAUUGACGUGACGGUGAUCUCAGGGAAACUGGAGGAAGUUCAUCUGCCCCAUUACGCCUGUUUAGGAGAGUCUGACCCCUCUCUCAAAGAUGCUGUGAAAGUCCUCACCGUAAAAGACGAGGGAAUAACCACAGAACCAGUGCAGUUGACCCGAUUCCAUGCCAAGAUUGUCCAACCAUCCUUCUCUCUUACAACAUUAAUCAUAAGUUGGAUAAUGCGAGUGGAUGAACACUGUGAUCUUCUUCUCUACAUGCAUUCUAAAGUUCCUCUCAUUCUACAUGUCUACUUUUUUCCAGUUGAUGAUUGUGCUAAAGAAAAAGUUGAGAAGAAUGAAAAGUCAAGUUACCCAAUCAAGCAUCCCAGGCCUGACAGGCCAUUUCGGAUGAAAACGCCACACAUUCUUGACGUUCCUGGUGCCUCUAUCCAUCCCAAAGAAGGGAUCACGCUCAGAAGAGAAACUGACCCAAAUUUUUUCAAGGUCAAGACACGUCUGGAGAAUGAUCUUCAAAUGACUCUUACCAGAGAGGAGGAUCAGAAGACAGUCUGGACUGCAAUAAUUGAGAAAGAUGAACUUGAUCAGAUUAAUCCUAAGAGAGACGAGCCACGUCUGAAUAGUGAGGCAGAUAAAGCAGAAUUUUUUGAUAACCACUGGCCAGAUCUCAUUCAAGGAGUAAAAAAUGUUGGGAUCAUUGUGGAUAAACUGCGUCAGCAGAAAAUAAUUCACGAGGAACAAUAUUCAGAAAUCACACAGAGUUUAACCAGUCAGGAGAGCAUGAGAAAGAUCUGUGAUAUUAUACGCAAACACAGUGAUGCUGUGAAAGCUAAAUUCAUCUCGGUUCUUCAGAAAGAUGAGCUUUACCUUUUAGAACAUCUGUACGAUUCUACACCAUAAGAAUAAUGUGAAAAUAUAUAAAACUCAUAUAAAACAGCAAUGACAUGUCUUUUGAGAUAUUAAUUGCUAAUAAAUUAGUUCUUUGCAAUGCAAAGUAAACUUUCUGCAGGUAAAAUGAUUUUGUAUCCAGGUCUAACAAUAUUUUUUUUUUUUUCUUACUUGUUGGUGAAUGGUCAUUGUAAAUGUACACAAACCUUCUGUUUAUAAUCUAGUGGUAGGGGCGUUACAUCCCAGGAUGUAUAUUUUUAUCAAAUUUACUCUUCUCUGGUUCAUUGGAGGAGUUGCUUGGAGUUAAAAGCAGAACAUAGACAGUUGGAGAGUGUGGAGGAUUGGAGUGAGAGACCCUCCUGCUGACCCCUUGUGUUGUUGAUGUUGGUGGUUAGUUGUUGUUGUAACCUAAUAAGAUUUUAACGUUAUCUCUCUCUCUGUAAGGGUUUCUACUAGGGCUAUAAUAGGGCUGGACAAUUAAUCAAAAUGUAAUCGAAACCGAAAUUCAGAACCUCUAACCAACGCAAUUUUCCCAUGUUGGUUAUUUGUUUUUUU